CAAGGUCUCAAUCAGUACAACUAUGAUUGUGUCGACACGCAGCACCCGAGAGAGCCAGCAACAACCUGCCCAUUGUCGACACUACUCAAAGCAUGCCAGCACACCGAUCCCAGUCCAUACCAUUCCAGAACACAAUCUCUGCUCCGUGCUCUCACAGCAACUGACAACUGUGGCGCCACGAUCCACCACCUUCCUUUCGGAACACUAUUUGUUGCCCCGAUGUACAUGUAUACCUUGACGUUGACGCGCCCCGCCGUUGGCUCGACGUUUGGAUGCAUUGUGCAGUACAGCCGCCGUGGUGUGGUGACGACUGCGCCCCCAAGCACCAACCGCAGCAGCCCUGGGCAAGCAGGGAACAAGCAAUUAGAGCAAUUCGCAAACAACGGGCCACAGACAGAAAGGCCGCAUCUUUCAGCAACCAAUCAGAGACACCCGGACCACCAAGACCAUGAGCUGCGCGUGUUGUCUUGGAACAUCAACGCCCCGUCCAAGUCUCGCCAACGGCUGCCAAAGGACUACGACACCUUGCAGGGCCAGGUGACGACGCUGCGCUCUGACGUGGUGAUGCUGCAGGAGGUGGUGGAGCGCCAGCUUGCCGACCUUGUGAAGGUGAUGCAGGAUGCCGGCUUCAGCCGGUGCGGAGGCGUGCCGCUUGUCUACAGCGGGGACAGCAUCGCGCCUUCAGUUCCGCCCCACUUCACGCUGACAUUUGUCCGCAAGAAGCGACUUCAGCUCGUGGCGCACAAGCGAGCGCCGUUCACCAAUAGCCGCAAGGCGCGAGACCUGAACACGUGCACGGUGCGGUGCAAGCGUACGGGCAAAGAAGUGUGGCUUGGAAACGUGCACUUGGAGACGUACCGGAAGUAUGCCGGGCGCCGCUGCCUGCAGUUUCUGCAGUCCCUGCAGGCACUGAGCCGGCAUGACCUGGGUAUCCUCGCAGGCGACAUGAACCUGCGCGAGGCGGAGGCCCAGCGAGUCUUGCAGCAGUGUCGUGGCGCGGCGCCGUACACCAGCAUUGGUGAUGCGUGGGAGAUGGUUGGCAGCCCGAAGGAGCAAGAGUUCACCUGGGAUCUGCAACUGAACACGAGCUGGAGCCACUUUCCCAACAACCCGCGCAUCCGCUUCGAUCGCUGCUAUGUCAAGGGCCUGCGAGCACGGUCGUUUGAGCUCGUCGGCACGCGUGCCCUCACCCACUUUGGCCACUUCAGCGACCACUUUGGCAUCUGCACCCAUUUGCAGCUACCGAGCGACAACGACGAGGAGGAACAAGGGGAGGAAGAGCAAGAGGGCGCUCUGGGCAUUGUUCGAGCCCCUGCUCAGCAGCAGCAGCAGAAGUCGUGCCGCAUCAAAGACCGUCGCCCACAAGCACAGGGACCAGGAAACCCGAGCUCAGCUGCUGCAGCUGUCGGCUGGCUGAAGUUGCUCCGCUUUGCGUUUGCUCAGCCUGCGCGCCUGUUCUGGACCAUCCCACCCUCUCCUUCGCCUGCAACAGAAACAAGGCCCGUGCAGCGGGACUUCCUGCGGCUUGUGUCAUGGAACAUCAACGGGUUCACACCGCAUGAUGAGCUCCUACCCGGACGGCUGGCGAAGAUGCAAGAGGAGCUCUCCGGCCUGGACGCGGACGUGGUGCUGCUCCAAGAGGCUGAACGGCAGAACCUGCAGUUGCUCCACACCCUGAUGGAGGAGAUUGGCUUCGUGCCCUGUGAUGCGCCCCCGCUCGCAACCCUGUCGCCCAAGCACUGCGUGCCUGAGCACUUCACUGCCACGUUUAUGCGGGAGUCCCGGUUCGAGCUCCUGGCCCAAGAGCGCAUGCCCUUUCAGAGUAGCCAGCGGGGUCGCGACCUCAACACGUGCAUCUUGCGUUGCACAGCGACCGGCAACAAGGUGUGGGUUGGCAACGUCCACUUUGAGAGCAUGGGCACAGCCUCGGAGGCCCGAUGCGAGCAGUUUGCAGAAUCGCUGGUGGAGAUGUCACAGCAUGAGCACAGCGUGUUGGCUGGCGACACAAAUCUGCGCGACGAGGAAGGGGACGACGGCUGCAGCGCCUUCAACAAGCAGAUGUUGCCUGGCUCACGCAGCAUUGUUCAGGACGCGUGGGAGCUGAGCGGCAGCCCACGACAGUACCGGUUCACGUGGGACACGCUUCUCAACGACCGCGUUGACACGACGUCCUGGGGUGGCCGCCCUCGCGCCAGGUUUGACCGCUGCUUCGUCAAGGGGCUUACGGCAAGCGACUUCCGACUCAUCGGCACGCACAAGUCUCCAGAUGUGCUCGUUGGGCUUGUCAGCGACCACUUUGGAAUCUGCGUCGAUCUCCACUGGGCAAAAGGCAAGGCAGAGUGUGAGUGA